AAACUAUAGAAUGUUCGAUUAGUAAUGCAGUUGAUGAAACAUUUUCUUUACUAAUAGAGUGGGCUUUAAAAAGCCAUCAGAAACUAGGAAAACAUGGGGUAGGAAAACGAAUGACACCAAAGGUUAGACAAUAUCUUGAAGGAUUUUUUUUGGCUGGUAAUGUAAACAAAACAGAUCGUAUGACAGCCACAGAAAUGGUAAAAGAACUGGAAAGACUAGUAGAAGAGAAUGAAAUUACUCACAAGGAGGUGCCAAGUAUAAAGCGAAUUGAAAAUUGGAUUGCAGUCUACGCAGCAGGUUUGAAAUGGGAGGCAGCUGCUGAAAG